GCAGACGCUAAAGAGAGGACGUCUUGAACUCUCUGCCUCUGAAAACUACGAAACGUGUUCGAAGUUUAUAAUGUUUGAUUAUCUUUAGGAUAAACAAUAAAAGUAUUGAGUUAUUGUGCUAUUUACGACCGCUUACUGGAAGUUUUAAAAAUUUACUUAUUUUUUAUCUGGUGAUAAUUUGUGUUAAUGAGUGAUUUUUUUUUAUAUGAAUAUAAUAUAAAUAUUAAUUAAGUAUAUAAAAAACGCUACAAUAUUUUUGGGAUUUUUUUGUUUUUUUUCUUUUUGUUAGGUGAUGUUAAUACUCUGUCAAACAUAAUUUUCGUUUGGAUAAUGGACUAUAAAAAGUGAUACUGCUUUGAAUAAUCAAUGUCUUUGAUUAAUAAUAUAACAACAAUUAAUUAAUAAUAUAACAAUGGAGGUGUCAAACUCGAAUAACAUAACGAACGGUGAGUCUACAACUUCGUCUGUAGAUCGUCAGUUUUGGGAGUAUUUCGAUACUGAAGAACGUAACAUCACUUGGGAUGAUAUUGGAAGACAACAGGGUGCUGUGCUCAGUGUGUACGGUGUCCUGAUGAUGGUGGGCGCCGCUGGGAACCUGGCAGUGCUGAUAGCACUCUCUCGUACUCGGAGGAGACGCUCCAGGGUUGAUCUACUCAUGACACAUCUAGCUAUUGCUGAUGUCUGUGUCACCUGUGGAGUAAUUCCACUUGAGAUUGGUUGGAAAUACACGAACGCAUGGCUCGUCGGCAAUCUUCUGUGUAAAAUCCUCCUCGUGAUGAGAGCUUUUGGUUUGUAUCUGAGCUCCAACGUAUUAGUCUGCAUUUCCAUUGACAGAUUCUUUGCUGUUUUAUAUCCUCUAAAACUGUCUGUGGCUAGAAAGAGAAGCAGACAAAUGUUGUAUGCUGCAUGGACCGUAGCACUGUGCUGUAGUCUGCCUCAGAGCGCUGUGUUUCGUGUGAUGCAUCACCCGUACGUGUCUGGCUUCGAGCAGUGCGUGUCCUUCGACGCUUUCUCAAGUGUCCGUUUGGAAGUGGCGUACAACGUGUUUUGUUUGUGCGCCAUGUAUUUCGUGCCUUUGUUAGUAAUCACAGUAUGCUAUGUGUGCAUUUUCUGUGAAAUACGAAGGAGCAGCGAUGAAAUUAACGCUAAAUGUCGAAGCAGUAUAAACAGUGUUCGUCUACGGCGAUCCGAUGGACGGAUGCUGGAGAGAGCUCGCCGUCGAACUCUUCGGAUGACUGUCAUCAUAGUCACAGUGUUCGCGCUGUGUUGGCUACCGUACGCGACAAUGGCUAUGUGGUAUAUGGUUGAUCGCGAGUCUGCAUCCCGAGUCGCUCCUCAGGUUCAGGACCUCUUGUUCGCGAUGGCUGUGUCCAACUCCUGUAUGAAUCCCCUCGUGUAUGGUUCAUAUGUGUUACGACUUAGCGGCGUAAUACACAGAGUUUUUAAGAAAAUCUGUUGUAGAUCCACAACUUCUGAUACCGUUGGUAACUCGGGUUCAAGUUCCUUGAAGAACAGGAACAACGUUCCAGUAACAUGCUUGACUAAAUCUGUUAAGAACGGUCGCGUUGGACCUAGAUUGGGCGUGCGAUUCGCGGAGACGACGCUUACUCCACCUCCAGAACGUGGAGAAGUCAAGUCGGGUCAAGUGAAGUGUCGUGGUCGCGCCUGACAUCCACCUGCUAGGCUAUACUGCGCUCCAAGCGAGCGAAGUCGAGUGCUCAGCGAAUACUGUAAAUCCCGAUCAACAGCCGUGUGAACACUCGUUACGAUAGUGUAUAGGACAGAACUGUUAUAGACAAGGAAGUGUAAAGGAGACUGAUACAACGUUAAAAGCAGGGUUUUGUUUAAGGGAUAUUGUAGACUUUAAUUUAUUGAUAUUGUAAAAAGAUAUUUAUUCCUGUUCUUUGGUAAUGCUACUUAUGUCUCACUGAAGUUUAUGAUGUGUCUUGAAAAUAUAUCGAUGUGAAAUAUUCCAAUAUUUAUUUACCUUUAAGAAAACAGUUUUAUUAAAUAGAAACUAGUAUUAUUCGGAUAUACUACGCGGAUUUUAUUAUUUAAAAACUACAUAAUCACAUCUCGUCUGCCCGUGAUCACGGUUGUUGCAAAAUAACCGAAACGUCGGGAUUAUGUAGUUUUUAAAUAAUAAAAUCCGCGUAGUAUAUCCGAAUAAUACUAGUUUCAUUUAAAUGAAUAAAACUCGCGAAAAUCUUAGAUCUCUUUAUUAAAUAGCAUUUAUUGUUGAAGUGAUGUCUGAAAAAUACCUAAACUUUUAUGCAGUCAAAUAUUUUUUCUAUAAAAACUAUAUCUCGUUCAAUUGUAAGAGUAAUCAUGGUU